CCACAAACUCCCGGAGUCUGCGACUUCAGCUAAAGGCGAAGCAUGAACGAGAGUAAGCUCAGUCCCUCGCUGGCGGAGUACGACUUCGAGCGGCGUUUCGACGAGCGACGAGCCCUGGAAUGGAUGCAGGAAAACUGGAACAAGUCCUUCAUGUUCUGUGGCCUGUAUGCCGCGCUCGUAUUCGCCGGUCAGCACUUCAUGAGGGAAAGGCCAAAGCUGAACCUGCGACGGCCGUUGGUGCUGUGGUCUCUCGGCCUGGCCGUGUUCAGUAUCUUAGGAGCUUUGAGGACCGGAGUCUACAUGCUGCACGUCCUCACAACCAGCGGCUUCAGACAGUCGGUGUGUGACAACAGUUUCUACAGCGCCCCCGUCACCAAAUUCUGGGCCUACGCCUUUGUCCUUAGCAAGGCCCCCGAGCUGGGUGACACGGUGUUCAUCAUCCUCCGGAAGCAGCGUCUCAUCUUCCUGCACUGGUACCACCACAUCACCGUGCUGAUCUACUCCUGGUACUCCUACAAGGACCAGGUGGCGGGCGGCGGCUGGUUCAUGACCAUGAACUACAUGGUUCACUCUUUCAUGUACACUUACUACGCAGCCCGGGCGGCCGGCCUGCGGGUGCCCCGUCCCUGCGCCAUGAUCAUCACGGUCACCCAGAUCCUGCAGAUGAUGAUGGGGCUGGCCGUGGUGGGCCUGGUUUACCUCUGGAUGCACGAGGUGCGCUGUCCGUCCAACUUGGACAACAUCACAUGGGGCUCUCUCAUGUACCUCAGCUACUUGAUCCUGUUUGCCUGGUUCUUCUACAACUCCUACCUCAAACGCUCCUCCGGGAACAAAGGUUCCAAGGCAGAGUAGCAUGUCUGUGCUCGACAGAGGUAUUAAAGUGUGCCAUAAGCAGAAAUGACCGAUGAGGGAACUGAACUAGGAAAAUUGUCAAAGAAUUUGUUCAACAUUUAGCGAAAUAAGUUUGUUUGAAUUCUUUCCCGAUAAAAUCUGGAGCUUAACUUAGCUUAGCUUAGCUUAGCAUAAAGACUGGCGGCAGGGGGAAACAGCUAGCUUGUCUCUGUCCAAAGCACAAAAACAUGCAACGGCCCCUCUGAAGCAGACUCACAUGAUACAACAUGUUAAAUACUGGGUAUGUGAGGUGUUUGUAGCCAGGGGCCGUUUCCUCCUGGUCCCAGUCUUUAAAUUGAACCUGAUGAACCACAUCCAGACUUCAUCACACUUAACACACUUCUCAUCUAACAGAAGAGCGUUAUCAAUUUUCUCAUCUAACAAUCAGAAAGAAACCAAAUCAUCUUACUUCCCCGAAUGUUGAACUGUUCUUUUAAAGUUGUUUUAGGGUUUGGCACUGUAAAUCUGCAGGAUAGAAACUUUACCAAAAGGGAAUGUAGACUUCAUAUGCACUGAGUCACACACACACACACACACACACACACACACACACACACACACACACACACACACACACACACACACACUGUCAGUCAGAAACACUUCUGUGGUCAUGUCACACAGAACCCUCCCUAUACUGCACAUAAAUCACCUUUUUUUUAUUGGGCUGUGUGUGGCUACAGUAAACCGGGACAUGCUAAUAUACACCCUGUAGGUGUUAUUAAAAAAAAAAAAGGGAACAUGAAGAUCAGUUUAACUCAGCCUGUAGUUUAUGUCUGCUUUGCACUGUGUUACACGAUAAAAUCUGAGCGACAAACACAUUCCUCAGCCGUCUCAGAGCAAAUUACUUCCAGGAAGUGGUUUGUAACGUGAAAUUCUAAUAAUCAUGUUUACACACUGUACACAUUCUGCCUUCUUCACCUCACUUAUGAACUUACACUGAACAACCAACAGUCUGUGUCUCACCUUUAUGAAUGAGGUGUGAGCCACACACACACACACACACCAGGGGCCAGGUGUAUAAAACUGUGACUACAAACAAAGACAGAAACACAUGGUUGUGUUUUAUAAACCUCGAGCACAUGCACAAGCCUGACUUCCACUCCCACAGUCGGAUAGAAAUAGAUGUAAACACGCCCUUAGUCACUUGCCUUUUCAGUCAAUGGAAAGAACAAUGGAGUGUAGUUUUAUCACAGUUGAUGGUGAAAUCUCAUCAUAAUAAAACAUCAGAAAUAAAUCAACAAGUUAGUUUAUUGCACUUAUGUUGAAUCAGACUUUGAAAUGAAGUAUAAAAAAGGCCACUAGGCCAAUUUCAGGGGGAUUGUCCAGCUAAAUUGUCAGAUUUCUCGAGAUUUUUAGAGGCCAAAGAGAAACAAACGUUUCCUGUAUUUCCCAGGAAAAUAAAUAAUGUGGAAAUGAACCAAAUUUUAUGAAACAGAAAAUAUUGUUGUGUCCCUUUAAUGUUCUGUCCCGUCAGAAAUACGUCAGGUUGUUAUUAUUCUGUUCCGUUUCCUUCUGUGCUGUAACUCUGAUGCUCUGAAUAAAGUUCAGAGUUCAGUUCACGUGGUUCAGAUUUGAGAAAUACUGAACCCACUUCCAGAUGAAUCUGCUUCACCUGCUCUGAGCUGCUGAUUCUGAAACGACGUGCUGAAAAACGAAAUAACUGCGUGUCCACUGUAAAUAAUAAGAGUCUAUUUAUUUUCUUAACAUAUGACAUUGUCCGGCUGAUCUGCGGUGGUAAAUGUUAGAACGUGUAGCUUCUCCAGCUGUGCUUCAUUUUAUUUCAUCCACAUGUUCGUGUUCCUUACAUCUGCUGACAAACUGUUCAUGACACCGUUUUGCCUCUUUAUUGCUAAGAGAUGGAGGAUAGUUGUAAAGAUAGACUCUAAAAGCCAUUAAUACUUAAUAUCCAGAGAGGGUUUAGGUAACGUGUUUAAUCUGUGAAAUGUAGCAUAACUUCAUACUGUCCUUUUCAUGUCCUGUGUUUUAUUCCGUACACUGAGGAGGAUUUUUGGUCCGAACACAUUCAGUGAAGAUGAUUUGUUCAUCCAUGGCGGCUCCUCGUGUCUCUUUGUCCUGGAGGAGCUGUGGUUUACAUUUGUCUCCUCACCGUCGUCGUGUGUACAUUGUUGUGUCUACGGUGUAGCUGUAACUCCUGUGGGUUGUUCAGGACUUUCUGAUGGACUCUGUCUCAGACUUGCCUUCCUGCUGCAGGCGUGGCUCUGAAAAAGGACAGUGGUUUCAGGUCCAGCAUCUGAUUUCCCCUCUGAAUAAUCUUCACCACCAACGUGUUGCCAGUCAUUUACUGUGAAACAGCUCAGAGUUCUGUUAAAUCAUUUGAAGAAGACACUGGAAACUGUCAGCAACGUUUUCUCAUCAGUAACGAGGUCGUGGGAGCUGAUAGGCCGACUUGUAAAACUUGAAAUUAUUGCGAGUCAUUUGUGUGCCAAACAAUGCUUCUGUGUUUUUUCUAAAUGUUCGAUCUCCUCGAUGACUCUACUGUCCAACCGCAGCUGAAGGAAGAAACUGUUAAAGGGCUUUUCUUGUUGAAAUGUUGUUUAAAUAAAUCCGUCCUGGUUUUAAAA